AAGGGAAAAUUAAAAAAAAGGGAAGCAAUUUUGUCUUGUGAGAAAUAGAAAAGGAGAAAGGAAUACAGAAAAUUGUUUUGUACCUUGCAUUCCCUAUCUAUGAAUGAAAUAGUGCGGGUAUGUGGAAGGCGAGGAGAGGCGAAGCAGGCAGUGGGCAAUUAAGAAGUAACAAGUAACAAGGGUAAGGUAAUUGAUUCUGGAUUUACUCGGAAAUUAUUGUGUUGUGUGAAGAUAGAUUUGUUUAUGGGAGUGCGGGCGGGAAUGGACUUGGCUUUCCAUUCACCCUUUUUUCCAUCACCAUCUCUGAGACUGAGAAGGUCCAAUUCUCAUAAGCCUUUCACUUUCACCAACUUCUCUUUGCCUUCUGCUCUGGCAUAUGAUUCUGAGUUAGAGAAGAAAAAGCAUCAAUUGUUGACCUCUGUCCGAGACACUCAAAGGGGCCUCUUAACAACUCCCGAUCAACGCUCUUCAAUCGAGGAGGCUCUGGUGAGUGUGGAAGGCUACAAUAAUGGUGACCCAAUCCAUUUGGCCAAGCUGGAUGGAACAUGGCGCCUUCAGUAUACUUCUGCCCCUGAUGUCCUCAUUCUCUUCCAAGCUGCUGCUACACUCCCUUUCUUUCAAGUUGGACAGAUCUUUCAGAAAUUUGAAUGUCUUGAUCAAUCUAAUGGAGGUGUUAUCCGCAAUGUUGUCCGAUGGAGUAUUCCAACUUUGCUAGAGGAAGAAGAAGGUGCUACACUGCUUGUAUCUGCCAAGUUUACUGUUGUAUCUGUCCGUAAUAUCUACCUUCAGUUUCAAGAGAUCACAGUUCAAGAUAUAAAUAUCAGUGAAGAGCUGCAGGCUCUAAUAGCUCCAGCAAUACUACCGCGAUCUUUUAUAAGUCUUCAGAUUUUGCAAUUUCUUAGAACUUUCAAAGCUGAAAUCCCUGUGAGGGAUCCAGGAAGGGAAUCAGUAGGAGGACUAUAUUACCUUAGUUAUUUGGAUGAUAAUAUGCUUUUGGGUCGUGCUGUUGGUGGAGGAGGGGUAUUUGUUUUCACAAGAGCCCAAUCUCUCUACUGACGAUCCCAUUGAUCAGUAGCUAAAACUUGUACUGUUUCAACGAGCCCUUGUUUAUGGAAGUGGCCCCAUGGAGAGAGCAAGAAAUUGAUGAGAGGCAUUAGCACAUAAGAAGUUCAGCUUAUUGAAGAAGGCUAUUAUAUGCAAUUGUUGUGUUAAUUUCAUUUGAACUGUGUUUUUUUUUUUUUUUUUUUUUUUUUUUUUUUUUUUUUUGGUGUUGUUUAUGUAUGUUUGCGUAGUUUCUAUUGAUUUCGUAAUAUAUUGGCAAAGUAAGAGACUGCAUGUGUUCAGCGUAGAAUUGUAGAUGUUAAUAUAAGUCAUACAACGUGUUGGAAGAGAUAUGCAGUGUAGGAGUCUUAUAAUUCUUUUUAUAUAGCAUAGGAUAAACAGUAUUAUAUCUUCUGUUAGGAUCUUAUCAGGUUAUUUUUAACUCAUCGAUAGUAAUAUUUGUAGAUUAGGUUGGUAUGUUAUUGGGAGAAGAAAAUUAAUAAAACUUGUUUCAGUUGUUGAUACUCUUGAGAGUGUAUCAAUCAGCUUCGUAGCUAAUAGAUGUUCAAAUUCAAAUUUGACAAAAUUUAUCUACAGUUCUAUAUAUAUAGGUGUUUUUAUUUUUUAUUUUUAUUUUUAUAAUUAUAAUUAGUUUUAUUUUGACAAUCUUGCCUAUAAAGGUUUUAAUUAAAAAAGUAUGCGUGAAAUUUCAAGUCUAAUUGAGUAUAAAAAUUAUUUAAUUGUAUAUAAAUUUUGUCAUUUUGAAACAGCAAGUCAAAGAAAGCACCAUUUAAACAUAACUAGAAACAGGAGAGGGAGAAUAAUUAAUCUCAAAUAAUUAGCUUCGUUUUGUUUCAAACAAAACAUGUAUUAUUUUCUGUAUAUAGUGAAUCCAUUUAUGGGACUGAGUCCCCUCCCUUGGAGGAUAGGAUUAAGCUGAGGCCCAAAUGGAAAUUAGAUGGAUCCAGAAUAGAUAUAAAGGCGAAAAUAAAUUGGAAUUUAAUGGUGAGAGUGACCCGGUGAAAUACAUUUUAUUUUUAGGAUGGUGAUGGGAAUAGGAUGGGCAGAACAGAACUUGUGGACCUGUGAAUAUAGUAAAUUUUUGUCUUGUCAAUUUUGCCUAGAUAUAAGAUAUUUCAUAUUCACAGUGAAGGACUACGUUCUACGAAUCCUGACGUGGAGGCGUUUGAUUGGUUAUGUAAUGAAAAAAUAUUAGGUGGUUAGGUGAAAUAAUGAAAAGAUAAUAUAAUAAUAGUAUGGGACACGUAAUUGUUUACGGUACGACACAACCCAGGGCAAGAGAAAUUGUUUGGUAGAGUAUGGAGAAUAAGAAUUCAAGGAAGAGUGAUGAAGAGAUUGGGAAGGUUCCCGAUGAUGUGUUGAUAGAGAUAUUGGUGAGAGCAGGGGUGAAGGAGUGGUCACAGAUAUGCUGUGUGAAGAAGCAGUGGGCUUCUCUUUUCCGGUGUGAAUGGUUCUGGCAAGCUGCUCUUGCCCAUAAUUAUCCACAAGCACUUGCACUGCCUCAAACAUGGCCUGGCCCUAUUUCUCCUCCUCCUCAACCCAACUCCAAGAGGAGAUUCAUUGCCUUAUACAUUAGUCAACACAUCUUCUCUUCCAACCUUCAAGUAGACGAAAUCGUUGGUCACACUUAUCUCUUCUUGAAAGAUCAACUUCAACUCUCCAUUAUGCCACCUCAUAGUGGAAUACUUCAUGGAACAAUUAUUGCAGAUCAGUUCAUUGCUUGUGGCAAGUCAAGAGACGUUGCCCACGAACUUGGUUCUCGGAUUUGGCUUGCUCUUCUCGACAAUUUGGAGGAUAACCACGAUACAUUUUCCUUACUUAAACGCCUUGCCCAAGAAGGGGAUCAGGUUUUUCUUCCAUACCCUUACACCAGAUCAGCGAAGGUCCAAUGGAGGGUGUUUGAGAAGCUGUUUACUGAUUUCCGUGAUUGCUUCAACCAUGUAGAUUAUUAUGAUAUGUUGGCAUGUGCCAAAGCCAGGUUUCAGCCAAUACCAUCUUCUUGGUUAGGUUACUAGCAUAUAGGGCCUCCAUUAAACCACCUCUGUCUAAUGAACCGUAAACCUUUAUUCAUGUAUGACUAAAAUGAACCCCCUCUCUCUGAAAACUGAAAUACCAAUUUCCUUCAAUUGCAAUGCAAGGACUGGACGGCAGGGUGUUAAUUUUCAUGUGGUUAGUGCUAUUGGAUUGGACAUUGGAGUAAACAAAAUUUAUUUUUAAUGAUUC